CCGGUGCGGUGGAGAGCCGUCAGAAGUAUUCUUGCGCUUUAUCUCGCUCAUCGUAUCCAUGAAACUGAAGGCAAUAGAGGCUUUCCUCCGUGUGUGGCCGCAAUGGGCCACCUGUCUGACAGUUAGACACAGAUAUCGAUGUUACAAAAAUAUUAUGUAAUCGUCGCACAUUUCGCGUGAAUUCAUACAACAUCAAUUAGGGAUUUCAUCACAGUGGCUCUAAUGGCUAUCAGUAUUGGACUAACAAUCGGUUGGACGUCCCCUUUUCUCGCACGCUUGACCCUGGAAGACUCGGAAAUACCUAUAACGGAUGAAGAAGGAUCAUGGAUCGUUUCUUUGUUACCAUUUGGACGUUUAUUCGGUGCCAUCGGCGGUUCCGUCACCAUGGAGUAUUACGGCAGCAAAAGAUCUCUGUUAAUGUCUGGAAUUCCUAUUAUAAUAGGUUGGAUUUGCAUAAUAUUUGCCAACUCGGCAUUUUGGCUUUACGUAUUUAGAGUCAGCGCAGGUAUCUCUUUCGGCAUGUAUUAUAGCUGCUUCGCCUUUUACAUGGGCGAAAUAGCAUCAGCCAACAUCCGUGGUGCACUGGUCAGCACAAUAGUAAAUGGGAUGCCAUUUGGAACGUUGAUCGGCAACAUAAUGGGCAGUCAUGUGUCGAUGAUGUGUUUUGGACUUGUAAGUCUAGUUUUGACCAUCUGCUUCAUGACGGUCUUCCCGUUGCUACCACAGUCGCCUCACUAUUAUGUGCGGCAGAAUAAUGCGAUCGAGGCGAAGAAAACGAUCCAAUGGUAUCACCGAAAAUCAAACGUGAACGUCGAGUUGGAAAUAAUCGAGGGCUUCGUGCAAUCUUCCAAAUCAACCAACUUCCGCGAUAAAAUUAAUCAGAUUAUGGAAAGGAAGAAUAGGCGCGCGUUCUAUAUGAUCAUACUGUUGUUCAUUUUCAUGCAACUCAGUGGGUUAAACACCGUGACAUACUAUAUGGAAAUAAUCAUCAGAAGCGCGAAAGUGACGUCGCUGGAGCCGGCGACCGUCGUGAUCAUCUCCACUGGAAUUGGUAUAGUGAUCGGCUGGAUCAGCGUGUAUCUGAUCGAUCGGUGCGGGAGAAAGGUUCUCAUUGCGGUGUCAUGCGGCUGCGUAAUCAUCGCGAUGGUGCUUCUGGGAUUACACUUUCUGCUACUGGAGCAGAAUUUUGAACCAAAAAGUCUGGAAUGGCUGCCGAUCCUAGCGAUGAUACUCUUCAUGAUGAUGUCCAUCGGUCUGAUACCGGUUCCGAGCACCAUACUCAGUGAGCUUUUCCCAGACGAUUUAAAGAGCAUCGCCGGAUUCACUGCCAGCAUCACGUCCGCGUUAUUCGCGUUCAUCUGUAGUAGAACCUACCAACCGCUCAUCGAUCUCAUGUCCGAAAAAUACGUAUUCUGGAUGUACGCGAUAGCCAUGACCGUCUGCUUGGUAUAUUCGAUCACCGAAAUGCCCGAGACCAAGGGGAAGACUUUGCAGGAAAUACAGGACAUGCUAGCUAGCGAGAGUAAAAAAGGAAGAAGCAGUUCGGAAAUAACAAGGACGGUACGAUAACAGACUGUAUUGCAAUAAAGUGUGAAGUAAAGGUUAUCUCAAUAAAAAUAAACGAUACUUCUACAAA